AUGGCUUGUGUUGCUGUAACUUCUUUGAUGCGAACAAUAGAGCUUGAGUUCCUGCAAUCCAAUCCACGUCUGAUUUUCCAGGACACACAACAUAUCGAGUCUCUCCAUCAAAAGCUGGGCCUUUUGCAGAUGUUUCUUGACGAAUCUGACAAGAAAGGCGAGUAUAAUGAGGAGCUGAAUGAGGCGACAGCAAAAAUUAGAGAAGUAGCAGUGAAAGCAGAAUAUGACAUUGAAGCAGAGCUAAUAGAGGAGAUUCAUCAUGACACAGUCGAUCAAAUCUUAAGGCGCAUACUUGAAGAUGUUGAACAGCUGAUGGAGAUGACUGAGAAUGCAAACCACCUUGCUAAAGAUUUGCAAAUUCGACAUCUGAUGGAGACUCCACCAUCAUCUUCUGGUGGUCAAUCACCCUUGAAACGUACUCCAAAACUUGAGGACGCAAUAAUGGUAGGACACACCGAAGAAUUAGAGGACUUUAAGGAUCAGCUCCUUCGGUCCUCAAAUGAACAACGACAAGUUAUGGCGCUCGUAGGCAUGGGAGGUAUUGGCAAGACAACAUUUGCAAGGAGAAUCUAUGAUGAGUCUGCAGUUAAGUCUUCUUUUGACUGUUGUGGUUGGGCAACCAUGUCUCAAGAUCUGAACAACAGGCAAGUGCUCCUUGAUCUUUGUCGUUCUGUGAUGCCAAUGCGUGAUGACCUAAACACUAAGAACGAUGCUGAGCUAGCCGAACAACUGCAGAAAAGUUUAAAGGGACAGAGAUAUCUCAUUGUCUUGGAUGACAUAUGGAGCACUGAAGCGUGGGAAAAUGUCCAGAGAUGUUUUCCCGAGAACAACACUAGCAGUCGAAUAUUAUUGACUACAAGAGGCCUAGAUGUAGCUAGCUAUGCUUGUUCCAGUAAGUCAUUUAAUUAUGAGAUGCGAUUCUUAAAUUGUGAUGAAAGUUGGAAUUUAUUUUGUCAAAAGCUUCUGAUAAAAGAAGGCCUGAACAAAGAAUUUGAAAGGAUAGGGAGGAAGAUUGUUGAGAAUUGUAGAGGAUUACCACUUACAGUUGUGGUGGUAGCAGGACAUCUAUCUGCCAAUAUGGCAGUAGAUGAGUGGAAGACUGUUGAAUCAACCUUAAACUCAUUGGUGAAUUUAGAUCUCUCUGAACAAUUUUCCAGAAUACUGAGUUUGAGUUACAACAACUUGCCUUGCCAUUUGAAGAGUUGUUUUCUAUAUUUAGGAGCUUUUCCUGAAGAUAGUGAGAUUGAAAUUAAGAAAGUGGUUAGAUUAUGGAUUGGUGAGGGAUUCAUCAAAGAAGUGAGUCAAAAGACACUAGAAGAAUCAGGUGAAGAAUAUUUGCAGGAUCUUAUGAAUAGAAGCCUGAUUAUGAAAAGUGGGAGAAGCACUAACAACAAUACUGGCAAAGUUGAAACAUGUAAGAUGCAUGAUCUAUUACAUGACCUGUGUGCAAGCAAGGCUAAAAAAGAGAAACUUCUGUGCACCAGAGAUGGCAGUGAACUUCUUCGUCAUCAUGAUAAAGUUGUUUGUUCUGAUGGAAAUCGUUGGUUAAGUCUUAAAAUAGCAUCUCAACUUUAUCAGUUUAGCUUUGCUUUGAACAAAUUUCGCUCCAUUUUAUGCUUUGAUAUGCGUGAAUGGAAUGAUCCUGAUUGGUUUUUAAAAUCACUAGCCAGUAGUGCUAAGAUGACAGCCAACUCUUUUAAGAUGCUAAGAGUGAUGGACUUAACUGUACUUGACUACAAUGGAAGUAUACCUUCAGAUAUUAUAGAAGUAGUUCUUCUCAGAUAUCUAGCUUUAGCCUCAAAUACGCUUCUUACCUCCAUACCUUUGUGGAAGAAUCGGAAUCUGCAAACACUUAUUAUUUGUGAAGAUAUCAAUGGCGUCCGUAAGCUACCUCGUGGAAUAUGGGAGUUGCCACAAUUAAGGCACCUUGAGUUAUAUCAUCAGCUAAUUCCAAUGUACACUCCAGAAGUGGCUCAAGUAAAUCUGCAAACAAUGUACUGGUUGCAAUGCGUUCAGUGCACAAAGCAAGUGCUUUCGAGGAUUCCAAAUGUUAAGGAGUUGGGAAUAAUUGCCAAAGGAUGCAUAUCACACCAUUGUUUAGAUGAUCUUAACAGCUUAAAAAAGCUGGAUAAGCUUAAAGUUCAGGGCAGCUAUUGUCCUAUACAACUGCAGUCUUGUACUUUUCCACAAAACCUCAAGGAUAUUACCUUUGCAAAAACUCUCAUGCCCUGGGAAGCUAUGAACUUUAUCAGUAUGCUGCCCAAGCUUGAGGUGCUAAAACUCAAGAAUCAUGCCUGUGUGGGACAAGACUGGAAACUAAGUGUAGAGAGGGGCUUCCCUGAAUUGAAGCUUUUGCUAAUUUCUGUUAUGGAUUUGAAGCAUUGGGAGCUAGCGGAUGAUGUUGAUGAUGAUUAUCCUUUCCCAAAGCUUGAGCGCUUGGUGUUGAGAAAUUGCUUUGAGUUGAAAGAGAUGCCAUGUUGGAUUGAAAAACUUAGCAAUCUAAAGUCAGUUCAGUUGGAGCAUUGCCAUGCUUCCCUUGUGACUUCUGGCAGGAUGAUUGAAGAAGAGCAGCGUGAUUGCUACGGAGAAGAAUAUGGAUUUGAGGUUCUUGAAUUCCACACUCAAUCAGAUGAAGAUCAAAAGAAUCGACUACCCCCUCUCAGUCACUCAUUUGCAGAAGAGAAUGACGAAGAUAUAAAAAUGAGUGUUUUCCUCGAAGCAAGUAAUCUCUACAUCCCACACAAGGACAAUCCUAAGAAAUGGAGUUGGACUCUGGACUCCGGACAUAAGGUUGCAGAACUUCUAGGCGUUUGCUGGCUCGAGAUCAAAGGACAGUUGGACACCAGAUGCCUGCACAAAAUGACUUCUUACUCUGUAUACCUUAUUUUUAAACUUAAAUCGAAGGCCCUACGGCUUGAUACAGCAUUCACAUCGGUAAGAUACAUCAAGGAUAAAAGAUGUUAUAGUGAGAAUCGACGGUGUCAAGUAUUUAUAGCUAAAGAGAGGUCUUCUGAAGACCCUGGCCAGUUUCCAAACCGUCGCCAUGAUGGGUGGAUGGAGAUUAAGCUCGGAGAUUUUUACAUUAGUUCAAGAAAUGAAGGUGAGGUCGAAAUGCGACUUUGGAGUACUGAAAACGUGUAUUGGAAGAUUGGUCUCAUUGUCAAGGGCAUUGAGGUUCGACCUAAUUGA